CUUAACUUCAACGCUCAAGCUCAAGUCUUGCAAAGCUGCAUGCUCCCCAAAGAAUACUUUUCCUUCCUCAUCAAUCGCGUGUAAGCCUCGUUGACAUUACAACAUCAUCAUAAUCUAACAAAUGGAAGGUGAGAUAACCCGAAAAUUUCUUCAAGCCUUUGUCUGGCCUCGCCUUAGUAGAUGCUUCCCGGUAAAGGCUUCACAGCUGUGCAGUGUACUACGUGUUCAUGGUCUUCUUUAAAGUUGUACUGCAUACAUGCGACUCGUUUUUUGGGGUAUUCUUCACACUCUGCUCCAUUAAACUACGGUACGAUACACUAGUUGCUAGGGCUGGCACCCAUUUGCAUUUUCUGGCAUUAUGUGGAUUUUGAUCGUGAUCAUAAGUGCACUGAGCGGGGCGGCGUUUCUGUACUGGCUACGAAGUCGCCUUCAAUGCGGGAUUCAGCGCCGUGGUGAUGAUGCUGACAUGCUAUCGUUUCAAGCUGCGUGCUCCCACGCUCUGAGUGGCGAAUGCUUUUCGUGGUAUCGACAGUCUCGUACAUCAUCGCAAUCAUCAUUUAUUACUGGGAGAAGAAGUGGUGGAGUACGCCGAUUGAUCGGACAUCAGAUUGCAGUCGAGGAGGGCAUUGCGCUGUCUCGCAGGGGCACGGAUUCUUCCCGGCUGCAACUCAUGUUAAUGGAUCGGGAUUUCUCAAGCGAAGACUACGAAGUUUUAUCACGGCUGGAUGAGGAUGAACAGGACGCUUGCCACUUGUUGGGAGCAACCGAUGCAGAGCUGGAACGACUACCCACGUACAUUGUGGAUACAGAAACUAAGCUAAACAAAUGCUUCAUAUGUUUAAACGACUUUUUGAAAGGCGAAGUUGUUAGAAUCUUGCCAUGUCUGCAUCAAUUUCAUCAAUCUGAGUGCUGUGAUCCGUGGUUGAGACGGAAGAUGGAGUGCCCAGUGUGCAAAUUCAGGCUAUAGCUCGUGCACUUUAAUUGCCACUUGCGCAACUCUCGGCUACGUAUGUAGCUGUUUAAGAAAAGCCUGAUGCGUGCAGCAAAGAACCCUCUGUAAAAUAUAUCGAAAUGAAAUAGCAUAUGUAAGUAAGACA